AUGGACGGGGCGGCCGAGCAGCAGCGCCCGGCCGGAGGGCUGGGAACGGGCUGUGAGUGCCAGGAGGAGGAGGAGAACACGCUGCUGAAUACAGAGCACUUUGUGGUGGAUGCUGAUGCUGUUGGAAGCCAUGGUGCAGGGAGCAGUGUGCUACCUUCACUCCCAGGCACAGCCAGACAAGAAAAAGUUGAGGAUAACUUGGAAACAGAAGAUAGGAACAGCCCUGUAAAGAAGGUGGAAGAAGAUUUGGGCACCGUGCAGGCAACUGGGUUGUUCUCCCAAGGCUCCACAGUCCUUGAUGGCCAGCACAACCUUGCCUCUGGGUGUGGGCAGCCAUUGGAUCUCUGUGACAACACGAAGAUUGGAUUAGCACAGGAGCCCACAGCCAGUGCUGCAGCUCAGAAUUCCUACAAGGGCUCUUCACUCCUGGAGUCCAGAGGCAGCUGUGAUGUGGCCAAGGGAAAGAAAUCCUUACCUGUCAAGAAGAAGCCGCGCACCUUCUACAGUGCAGAGCAGGUAGAAGAGCUGGAGAAGAUGUUCCAGGAAGACCACUAUCCUGACAAUGAGAAGAGGAGGGAGAUUGCAGCUGCAGUUGGUGUGACACCACAGCGUAUCCUGGUCUGGUUUCAGAAUCGUAGGGCAAAGUGGCGGAAAUUGCAGAAGUUGAGUACGAAAGACAACAGAAAAUAUCCAGCAUCAGCUCUGUCAGUCCCCUUUGGAACAGAGGGCUGUGGGGCACGUCCUCUGCCUGUGCCUCCAUUGCCUGAUGCUGCUGGAGACCAGCCUGCCGGGCUGGGAAGAGACCCUGGAGCUGGGAAUUCCUCCAGCCUGCUCAGCACACACCCUGCAUCCCCCACCUCUGCCUCAGCCUCCUCGGUGGCAGGAAUGGUGGCACCCUGUGAAGCACAAGCUCCGAGCAAGCCGCUGUCGCAGCUGCCCUUCAAUCCCAGCGGUGGGGAGUGCUUCCCUAGCUUUCCCAGCCCUCCUCCCAUCCGCAGGGCCAGCCUGCCGCUCAGCCUGGCCUUCAACCCGCACAGCCACAUUGUUCCCCUGAUGCUGGACACACCCAGCAGCCAAUGCAGCUUGGCGACUCAGGAAAAUGGCUCCACAGAAGCCUUCUCCUACGGCCUCCGGAAUCAAGGCUUCAGUUCACCAGUUUCCUGCCCUUACUCCGAGCAGCUGGAGCCUGCAGACAGCCUGGAGGCCACCUACUGUCAGUACAGCAGCCAGGGGGGAGUCUAUCAGCUCUCCCAGUUCUGUCACCAAGGUCACCUGGCCAGCAAUAUGUUCUCCAGUGACCACCUUGCUCCUCCAAUACCCCUGGAGUCCCAUCCAGCUUUCCCUGACUUACCUGGCAACAGUGGAAGCAUAACCUAUGGAGCCACGCAAGACUAUGUACAAAACCACACAGGAGGACCACUCAUGCCACAGCAGCCAAAUGGCAAUUCAGCAGACAUCCCUGCCUAUCCAGCUGUGCCCUGGAGUGAUUUCUACAUGCAGGGAGCUCCUUUCUCCAAUCAAUUGCAUUCCCAAGUGCCAUUUUCUAGCAUGGCAGGAGGACAGUACUUCACAGAGCCGUAUCUCCUUCAAGUGCCCAAUGGAACAGUACUGGAAUCCAUGCCACAGACUGGAAAACAAAAGGGAGUGACACCACCAGAGCAAAGUUCCUACCAGAGCUACCAAACAGAGCCAGAGGUGGCAGCACCCACUGAAGAUGAGGAUGUGGAGAGCAGCAGCAAGAAAGGAGAGACUGCUGAUGAAACUAAAGAAGAAACCAAUGACUGA